CCAGUCAGAUAGACAGAGGCUACAUUCAGAAACACUGUACAGCCAGGUGAAAUACAAACAUCUGUGAGAAGGAGAAGUGAUGGAUAUCCUGGAAACAGACGCUUAUGAUCGAAAACAGCGCAGGAACACGUGCUGCGUUCAGUUUUUUUGGCUUUUCCCUUUCUUCGCCUUCGCAGCAGUCUAUUUCUACCUGUGGAUCCCAGACUCUGCACCCUCUCUUCUGGCUGCAGGUGUGAAGUCGGCUCCUGUGCUCUCAUUGGCUGCUGUAGUGCUGAGUUACAAUGGGGGAAGGAGUCUGCUAGGAGUAGCUGGAGGGCUGGUAUUGUCUGCAGGAGGAGACACCUGUCUCAUCUGGCCAGAACUUUUUCUUCAUGGAAUGGCUUGUUUUGCUGUGGCCCACCUGUUAUACUCUCUCUCCUUCUUUUCCUCAAAAUAUUCAUCUCACUCCUCUUCUUAUGGACUUUACUUCCUUUACAUUCUGCUGUGGGCAGUAGGGGGUGGAGUUUAUGUUUACCUGCUUCCCUUCCUCCAGAAGACACCAGACCCCAAUACCUUUGUCCCUGCUGUUGGGGGUUACGCAUUUCUUAUAGUUCUGAUGGCCACUCUAGCAGCACGUACGCGACAUUCUCUGGUCUUGCUGGGUGGCCUGGUCUUCAUGGUGUCUGACUUUACCCUUGCACUGCAGACAUUUAAGGUGAUUGAACAUCUGGAUCAUGGAAGGCACAUCGUCAUGUGUACAUACUACAUGGCACAGCUGCUGAUUGCUGUUGGUGACAUCAAGGCAACUCAGGCUGAAGCUGCCGAUGAGUUCCGCAAAUGGAAGAGAUCAUAGGGCAGACAAGAAGAUUUAAGCAUAUCGGACUAACACAGAUUUUACACAGAUGUUUGAGGAUGUUUUAAUCUUCCUGUCAUGAUAUAAGAGAAAUUAUGUAACCAAUAUGUUUGUGUGAUGCAGGUCAUAGUAUUAGCACAGUCUGUACUGUUUAAAUGUGUCUAUCAGGUUUACCUGGUUGUAGCUCCUUGCACAAACGUUGCUUACAGAUGCCGUUUACAUUUAAAAUAGGAAGACGUCUAGGGUAAUAUUAGAUAAACUUAAAUGUUUACUGUCAUAACAUCAGAAAUCUGUGUCAUUAUAAUUUAUUACAAUAACCUAAAGCACUGAAACAAAAAUAAUAAAAUAUAAGGAAUUCUA